CAGUUCGGCCCAAUUUUCGAUGAAAUGCGGGCUGUUUUAUCAACACGGAAUUUUUCACGCUGGCUUUUCAAGCAAUAGGUGUAAAUAUAUAUAUUACGAUGUAAUAAGGUAAUUAAUCAUGAAAAGAGUGAAAAUCAAGUCAAAAAGACCAAAUCCAUUGUUUGAACUUUGGUUAGAAGAAUGGAAAAAAGAAGCUGCAUUCAGAAAUUCUACUUUGGAGCAUAAUUUUUCAAAGGCACUUGCUUCUUUGAAAAAAUAUCCUUUACCAUUAAAUUCUGGGAAAGACUGUAUAAUAUUGAAAGACUUUGGUACAAAAUUAUGCUUGAUGUUGGAUAAAAAACUUGAAGAGUAUAAAGCUCAAACUACAGAUACAAUAAACAAAGAUGAUUUAGUUUGUACCCACUGUGAUUUUAAUAGGCAACAUACACCUGAAAAGAGAUAUAAAUCACAAAAUGUUUUAGAUACUAAUUACGUGCACGAAGAGAUAGAACUGGCAAUAUUUGAUAAGUUGAACUUAUCAGCAUGGGACUUAGAGAAUUAUGCAGCUUUAUUGACUUUAUAUAAAAAAACACAAUGCCCUUAUUAUUCAGGGUUUGUUAUGGAGACAGAUUUAUUGUGUGAAAUUAUAAAUUUGUGUAGACAUGUAUCAAAGGAUUCAAUUUUCAAUUUGGUUGACAAUGGUUUAUUUUCUAUGAGAGAUGAUCCUAUCAGAUAUAAUCUCACAGACCAUGGCACAAAUAUUGCUAAAAAGAUAUGUGAAAUUGCUGCUAUUGAUGUUAAAUUGAUAAAGUCUUCUGAAGACCUAAAUCAGAUUCAAAUAUCUUUAAAGUCAUUUAUCAGUGAUAAAGUUACAAAUGUAGCUACAUCUAAUGGAAGUUCUAAGAAUGUUCAGAAUGAUACGUCUUCAAAACUUUAUAAAUCUAAGUCUGUAGAAUUUCCUAUAAGCACACAGCCUGAUAAAUAUUUUACGCAACAAAAAUAUAAGAAAAAGGCAAAACAUAUAAAUAAUUGUGAGUUAAUUGAAGGAAGCAGUAAGAAAGCAAAUUUUACUGAUAAUAUUGAGAGAAACAUUUACUUGGAACCAAAUAAAUUUGAUAUAAUAUUGUUAGUAGACACUCAGGAGAUUUGUGGUGGUAAAACAAAACCUCAGCAUGAUGCUACAAUAGUUGAACUGACCCAACUUGGUGUAUUAUUUGAGAUACGACAUUUGAAAGUUGGUGAUUUCGCGUGGAUCGCUAGAUGUAGAAUUACAAACAAUGAAUUAAUUUUACCGUAUAUAGUAGAAAGAAAACGAAUAGAUGAUUUGAGCUCAAGUAUCACAGACGGAAGAUUUCACGAACAAAAGUUUAGAUUAAAGCAAUCGGGAAUUACAAAUCUUAUGUAUAUAAUUGAGGAAUAUAAGAAAGAACAACGACUGGCAAUACCAUAUUCAUCAUUGAUGCAAGCUUCUAUUAAUACUUUGAUACAAGAUGGUUUUUCAGUCAAAUAUACAAGGAAUCAUAAAGAUUCCAUGUUGUAUUUGUCAUCUUUAACAAAGAUUUUAAUAAAAGUUUUCAAGGGAAAGAAUUUAGUAGGUUGUGGAAAAGAAAUUGUUACACAGGCAGAUAGUUCAAACAACAUUUGUAAUCUUAUGGAAUUCGGAGAGUUCAAUAAAGGAGCAUCUAAACAAAAAGUAUUUAAAGUAAAUGAAAUGUUUAUCCGCCAACUACUGCAAUUAAAAGGAAUUUCCGUGGAUAAAGCUUCUGCUAUCGUGGAACGUUAUCCAACCCCGCGGACAUUAAUUAAUGCGUUUCAAACGCCCGGUUGCAAUGCGGAAUUAUUAUUAGCAAAUAUUGAAUACGGAAAUAAGAAAUCUGUGGUCGGACCGGUAAUUAGCAAAACAAUUUAUCAAUUAUACACUAACAAGAAUUUAAAAUGAUUCUUGAUAACUUAGAAGACUACAUUUUAUUAUUGAAAUAAGACUACCUUGUAUGUUAUAUAUCAUAUGAUCACGUUUUGAUAAAUGAAAUUCAUGAAUAAGAAGAAAAUCUGAACUUACCUUUUAUUCUUACUUACAUAUUUCGACAAAAUGCAUACACUAUUAUUAUAGGGUUUCAAUAAAUUAGUGCAACAAUUUACUUUGCUAUAAAAUCAUUUGUAAUAUCAGUUUCUUAGUGUGAUUAAGUUAUAUCAAUUAUAUCCAUCGAUUAUCAAAAUCUUACGUCGAAGUAGCUGUUUCAUCAUUGCGAUCAGUCGGAUUGCAAGUAGAUGUGAAAGAUCAUUCUCUCAUUGACAGAAACAUUGUAAAAUACGACAUGCACGCUUUAACUGUCUUUUAAUUAAAAUAAGUUAAUUGCUAAUAUGUUACCAAGGGCAUAAACUUGACCAAUGUUAUUUAUCGAUACGUACUUUUCCAAAGUUUUGAAUGUCCAUCUCGUAUAAUCCUCCUGCGCUCAAAAUACAUGGUCUGUUGCAUCCUAUUUGCAUAGUGUAAAGUACCUUUCGAAAUCUUACUGGCAUCUCGUACCACUUCGAGCUGUAUCUGUUAGAAAAUUCAGGAACACAUCUAGGAAAUAGUAUUGACAAAUGUUAUGUCACAUAUUAUGGUACUUACACGGUUUCUGGUAACAAUAAAGCAUGGUUCAGUAAGAUUUGUCCAAAUAGACUGAUAAAAAACAAAUGAAAUUUCUGUGCAGCAAGGAACAAGACAAAUCUCAUAACUUCUGUAGGUUGAUCCAUAUACAGAAUAAUCUGUAAAAUAAAUGUAUGAAGAUCUACAUCAUUGAUAUACAAGGGUGAAAUUGUUCUUACUUGAACAGCAGUGAUGCUGAUGAGCACCAUAUUUAUUCCGACCUGCACCAAAUUCAAGAUCUGGCUACAUUUCUGUAAAGUGAUGAAAAAGCUAGAAAAAUAAAGAAAAAGCAAAUCAGAUGAACUCUGAGUACUUAAACCCGUUUAUAAGUCGUUCUUUUUAUGGAACCCGGUACAAACUGGAGAGCUCUAUGAUGUGUAAUUACGCAUCGUCUAAACUGUUUGUAUCUGUUGUUCUCCAUUGCAGUUUCAUUUGGGCAACAGGAAGCUUUAAUAUAAAUUAAAUACCAUGGAAAACAAAAAUAUUUACCCACAUACGUCAAAUAAUCCACUAGCAUGAUGAAUGAUAAGCAUGUAUAAGGAAUCUACGGUGACGAUUAUUAAUAUGCAAAUGCAGGAGGUCCAAGACAAUUGCAAAUGAAUGGUGAAAAAAUGAUCAUCAACUUCUAUAAAUAUAUAAUUAACAUUGAACAGUAGUCGUCGUCGACGAGUUUCAUUCAAUGGAAUAAUGAUAUCCAAUGUUGGAGGAAUUAACGGAAUAUAUAGAAACAAUACUAAAAAUGACAAUAAAGUGGCUGAAAGAAAUAUAUGGAAAUUGAAGAAUUGAACACACAGUUGCCAUGUACAUUAUUAGGAGAUAUAUGAAAAUAUACUUCUAUACAAGUUUGCAAUUCUG